CGGGAGUAUUUACAUCUCUAGCGGCAGAAACAGAAAACUUUUUCUGAAAAUUUCUAAAUGCAAAGUGAGAGGUGCAGUGAGAUCUGUUUACAAUGGAAGCGAGUUUAGAGGAGAGCAUGGACAGCGACCACGCCAGUUCGCCGAUCAGCAAGCCGGAGGCGAAGGAAUCCCCGCCAGGAGUGGGGCUCAAUGGAAAUGGCAGUGGUAGUGGUGGUGGUAGCGGCAGUGCCAGUCAGGAGCCCCCGAAUAAUGGCGUUGCUAUAGGCAAGGAAAAACCAAGCGAGGCCCAGUGGACCAAGCCGUUUAAUGCAUUCAGCGGACGACCAAUUGGGGAGCACACAGCCCAGCAGCAGGCGCUGCAGCAGCAGCAACAGCAGCCACCGCCGCAACAGCAGCAGUCGCAGCCUCAGCAGCUGCAACAACCUCCUCCGGGGGCACACGGAGUGACGGGACCUCCUGAAAUCUGGGUAGAAACCAAGGCGGAGGACGGCCGCUCCUACUAUUACCAUGCGGUAACCAGGGAAACCACUUGGACCCGUCCCGAGGGACCCACGGUCAAAAUAAUGACCCAGGCCGAGGUGGAGGAGAUGGCCAAGCGACCGGCCCAAGCAGGCAAGGCAGAGGCCAAGGCAACCGAGACGCCCGGCGAGGUACCGGCGGUGUCUACGCAUCUUACCUCGCAACCACCUCCGCACCUGAUGAGCCAGCCACCACCAAAUGCGGCAGCUCCGCUGCUUUCCCAGCCGCCCCCAAAUGUGCGCCAGCAACCGCCGCCCAUGUUCCAGCCACCUGGUAUGCAGCCGCCUCCCGGGUUUGGACAGCCGCCGUUUUGCAUGCCGCCGCCGGCCUACGGGUUUCCUGGAGGUGCGCCUCCAGGUGCAGCACCUUGGGGCGUGGGCAUUCCGCCAUGGCAGCAACAACAGCAGCACUUGCAUGGCGGGCAGGACAACAAGCCAGCCAAGUCGCUGAUCAUCAAGCCGGGCGUUAUCGAUCCGGCGGUUAUUGCUCGGGCAGCAGAGUGGUCAGAGCAUCGUGCUCCCGACGGCAGACCGUACUACUUUCAUGCCGCUCGCGGGGAGAGUGUCUGGGAGAAGCCGCAGGCACUGAGGGACAUGGAGGCCGCCAGAAUGGCUGCCCACUCUGGCGUGGCGCCCGCUGUGGCUCCGACCGGACUACCUCCCCAUCUGCUGCCCAAUCCUAUGAUGCACAUGCCACCGGGCUCAGCGCCACCGGGAUUCGACCCGCAUGCCGCUUUUGCGGCCGCUGCUGCAGCAAUGAAAGCGAAUUCGGAGAACACCAAGGCGGCGCAGGCUGCCGCUCUCGAAAAGGAGGCCAAGAAGGCGGCGGAGGAGAAGCGGAAGAAGGAGGAGGAGCAGAAGAAGGCGGCGGCCACAGCCAAGCAGACGGACAAGAGUCGACCGGUGACAAGUACACCCAUCGCUGGAACGCCCUGGUGCGUCGUGUGGACAGGAGAUGCACGCGUCUUCUUCUAUAAUCCCUCGACGAGGACUUCGGUUUGGGAUCGCCCCGAGGAUUUAAUGAAUCGCGAGGAUGUUGACAAGGCGGUUAACGAACGUCCCGAGCAACUGAAGACCCCGCAGGAGAAGUCGGCUGAUGCGGAUCAGAAAUCCAGCGAGGAGGCUGCACAGGAACAGGCUCAAGCCCAAGUUCAGGCCCAGCAGUUGGAACAGGUGCAACGCGUGGAUGCAGAUGAUGACGAUGACGACGAGGUCAUCAAGAUACGCACCGAGUCAGAGUCCAGUGUGGAGGAGGUACCCACCAAACGAGUGCGAAUGAUUUCUAAGUCAAAGCGGGCCGAGGAUGCCGCCCUAGAAGCUGAGCAGCGAGCGGCUAAGGAGCGGGCCCUGGUGCCCUUGGAGAUGCGCGUCACUCAAUUCAAGGAGAUGCUUAGAGAGAAGGACGUAUCUGCUUUUAGCACCUGGGAAAAGGAGCUUCACAAGAUCGUGUUCGAUCCACGAUAUCUGCUGCUGACUUCGAAGGAACGCAAACAGGUAUUUGAAAAAUAUGUCAAGGAUCGGGCCGAGGAAGAGCGUAAGGAGAAGCGGAACAAGAUGCGUCAGAAGCGAGAGGACUUCCGCAGCCUAAUGGAAGAAGCCAGGCUGCACGGCAAAUCCUCGUUCUCGGAGUUUAGCCAGAAGAACGCGAAGGAAGAACGGUACCGGGCCAUCGAGAAGGUCCGCGAGCGCGAGAGUCUCUUCAACGAGUACAUUGUGGAAGUGCGGCGUCGCGAAAAGGAGGACAAGCAGAUGAAGAAAGAGCAGAUCCGCAAGGACUUUUUGGAAAUGCUGCGCGAACGUCACGACAUCGAGCGCCACACCAGGUGGUACGACAUCAAGAAGAAGUUUGAGUCGGACUCCCGCUACCGGAUGGUGGAUUCCGUUUACCGGGAGGAGUACUUCGAAGAUUACCUGCACAUCAUGAAGGAGGAAAAGCGGAAGGAGCGGGAGCUGCGAGAACAGAGGGAACGGGAGCGACACCGCGAACGCAAAUCGGAUCGGAAGGAUAGAGACAAGGACAAGGAUAAGGAUAAGGACAAGAAUCGGAAGGAUCGAGGACGCAGUCGUUCAAGAGACAAGGACCGCGAGCGCAAAUCGUCCAAGGAAAAGGAAAAAGUGAAGGAGGAAAAGGGCAAGUCGGAGAAGAGCAAGAAACGAGAUACUCCGGAGGAGGGCGAGCAUCGCGAAGAAUCCGAUAAGGAAGAGCGUGCUGGCAGCGUCGAUAGCGAGGUUGCUCGCCAACGGGAGACCGAGGCUGAGCAGAAGCAGAAAGAGCGUGAAAAAAAGCUGAGGGCAGAGCAGAGUAUUCGGGAGCGGGAAAAGGAAGUGCAGCGAACCCUGGCCGGUCAUCUGAGGGAUCGGGACAAGGAGCGCGAGCAUCACAUGCGCGAAGAGUGCAUUGGCCACUUCACGGCUCUUCUGACAGAUCUGGUGCGGACGCCGGACUUUACAUGGAAGGAAGUUAAGCGCCAGCUGAGGAAGGACCAUCGCUGGGAACUGAUCGAGACUCUCGAUCGGGAAGAUCGUGAGCGAAAGUUCAACGAGCACAUUGACAAUCUGAUGAAGAAAAAGCGAGAGCGAUUCCGCGAAAUGCUGGACGAAAUUGGUACUUUGCAGCUCACUAGCACUUGGAAGGAGAUUAAGAAACUGAUCAAAGAGGAUCCGCGAUAUUUGAAAUACAAUUCGGACAAAGGAGAGCGCGAGUUUCGGGACUACAUCAAGGAUAAAACCAUGACUGCAAAGACCUCGCUUCGGGAACUUUUGCAAGAGUGCAAAUUUAUUACCCACAAGAGCAGCGAUCUCAUCAAGGAAAAUCCCAACCAUCUCAAGGAGAUCCAGGACAUACUGAAGAACGACAAAAGGUAUCUGGUGCUCGACCACAUGGAGGACGAGAGGAACACCAUUGUCCUCGGCUUCUUAGAGGAACUAAACAAACGCGGCCCGCCGCCACCACCCACAGCUUCUGAGUCAACGCGCCGCAAUAAGUAGUGGCAUUAUAACAAAAACUAUUCAAUUUAAUCAUAACAAUUAAAUUAUUAUACUAAGCCCGAAGUUCUUCAACUUCUAAUAUUUUAAUUGAAUAAAAUACACAAAUUAAAGCAAUUUAAAAAAGUGACACAGUAAACCCCUUUCAUUCAUAAGUAUUUAUUGAUCAUUUAUUCGUUAUGUUAGAGUUCCGAUUUGUAUCUAUAUAUUGAUCAUGUUUUACUUCUCGUUUUAAUAAUUAUAUAAUCUUUAUGCUUUUAUUUACCCAUUCAUCGGUUCGCUUCAUCGCUACCGUUAUUGUUAAAUACACAUUCUUUCUCCACUGUAGCCGCGUUUACUAAUAUCUAAAAAUAAAUACAAAUACAAUCCGUAAUUUUAUUCGUUUUCAAAGCCAGACUUCUUUCCAAUCAUAUGGAAAAUGUUUGUGUAUUAGGAACUAAUAUUGAAAAUAAUGUGUCCUCAGUGUUGCAAACAAAUCUUUUUCCUCUCGUUUGUAUAAAGUUGUUUCUGGUUUUGGUGUUUA